AUGUCCUUGUCGUGGUCGUACCACAACUGCGUUGCUGAGGCUGACGAGUACCUCUCUGCUGCUUCCGUGAGUGACGACGAACCGGGACUGGCGCUGCAAUGGGACGAGCACGCACUGUUGCACUUCGUCGAUGCAGCAAAUGCAGUCGACCUUAGCGUGGCCAUGCCAAGCUGGUUGUCGCAGCCUCGGGGCAGCAUCACGUCCGACUCGAUCGUUGACGACAUGAUGGCGUUCUUGGCGACAAAAGCGGGCGGGCGGUUCGGCCGCGUGCUCCUGGCGCCCAAUAGCGUCGUCCAGUUUGGCCAGCUCUGUGGCAUGUUUGCGUACAUUGAAAACGACGCGUUUAUGCGCGCAGCAGCUGAUGCAGCUGGUACGAGUGACGGCACGACACUGGCCAAGAUCUUUUGCGUGACGACGUGCAGCGUGUCGACUGCCGUGCCCAUGGAGUUUCCGCCACGCGAGAACCCAUGUCGACGUCUAUUUGCAUGA